AUGGAGCAGACAUAUGAUCGACACAACAAGAAAUUGUUAUCGCUCAUUUCAGUUCAACAACCCAGGGCAAAACAAAUGACCAGCAAUGACAGGAGGAAUGAUAAUAAACCAAGACAAACAGCCAUUCAUAAUCAACUGAAUAUAGUUAAAAACAUAUCAACAAAGGAACUUUCAACGGAGGAACUGCAAUUAUUAAAUAAAGGUCUCAAUUUUUCUUUGAAACCCCUAAAAACACCGAUCAUUGACAUCAUCGCGGACGUAGAAACAACCAUCAAAAGGGCUCCAGAAAGUGUAAAGCACCAGAUCAGGAGAAACGUUUUACCCAUCCUACGACCAGAGGAAAAAGAAAUCAACCAUCAUAUAACUCAUCACAAAGCUGUAAAAUCGCUUACGGAAAAAGGAGUCACAAUCACCAAGGCAGAUAAAGGUAAUGCUGUUGUUGUUUUAGAUAAAGAAGAUUACAUUCGACGGAUGGAAAAACUAUUACGGGAAGGACCAUAUGAACGUGUCGAGAAGGAUCCACUCCAAAAGAAUAUCAAAGAGGUAAAAGAGGUGAUCAAACAAUGUCAGGUGCUGAUUGGAAGCAGAGAUCGUUUGAAGUUACAAUCAUCAAACCCACUAACUUCUAGAUUGUACGGAUUGCCGAAAAUUCACAAGGAAGGAGAUGGUAUGCGGCCCAUUGUAUCCGGGAUCAACUCACCAACAUACAAGAUCGCGAAAUGGCUUGUGUCAGAAUUUAAUAAAUUCAACAAGCCGACAGGUGAUAGUGUCUUGAAUUCUAUGGAACUCAUAGAAAAACUUAAGGGUGUAAAUUUAGUAGAUGGGGAUAAGUUUGUAUCUUUUGACGUAACGGCCCUUUUUCCUAGUGUGCCAAUUAAUAAAGCGUUGGACCACCUGGAGGAAUGGUUGACGGAGAACAAUGUGCCUGAACUGGAAAGAGGAGAAUAUCUCCAAUUAACCAGAUUAUGCAUGGAACAAACUUAUUUCCAAUUUAAUGAAAAAUUUUAUAAGCAGGUACAUGGAACCAGUAUGGGCAACCCAUUGAGCCCUUUUUUAGCAAACAUAUUCAUGUCAAGAUUGGAAAGGAAUUUAAAACAAGCAGCGGAGUAUUUCCCACAACAUUGGUAUCGUUAUGUAGAUGACAUAUUUACAAUUAUAGAUACUAAGAAAACGAGCGUACACGAUUUUUUGGAAUUUUUGAAUAAAGCGGAACCCAGCAUCAAGUUCACCGUUGAAGAGGAGCAGGAUGAAAAAUUACCAUUUCUGGAUCUCGAAAUAUCCAGAGAUAGCGAUAAGUUGGCGUUCAACAUUUACAGGAAACCGACAAAUGUAGAUAGGUUUAUUCCAAAGGACUCCUUUUCUCAUUGGAGCCACAAAAUGGCCGCUUUUAAUUUUCUUGUUCACAGGUUAACAACAUACCCAUUAUCAACAACAAACUAUAAGAAGGAAUUGGAUUACAUAAAAAAUGUGGCGGUACUCAACGGAUAUUCAACCAACGUAAUUGACCAAUUAUUGAAAAAGGCGAAAUGGCGGAAGUCCCUUAAAGAAACAACAACAUUGUCAACGGAAGAACCAGUCCUAAGAACAUCAUUGACCUUUUAUGGCAAAAAAACCAGCCAAGUAUCGGAGGCCAUGCAAAAAUAUAACACAAACCUACAAGUGGCAUAUACAUCGAAAGGGAAAUUGAGGUCAAUGUUAUGUAAUACGAAGGAUCGUAUUCCAAACAACAAAAAGUCAGGUAUAUAUAAAGUUGAUUGCGCAGAUUGCUCGAAAGGUUAUAUUGGCCAAACAGCCCGUUCCCUUAGCGUACGCUACAAAGAGCAUAUAGCGCAUUUCAACAAUAAAAGGAAGGAAAAGUCAUCAGUGGCAUCACACGCCAUGGAAACGGGACAUCAGAUCGGUGAGAUAAAGUUGUUAAAAUUAGUCAACAUUCCAUCGAAACUUGAUGCCUACGAAAGUUUGUACAUCAACAGAAUGGGAAAGAACGCUUUGAAUAGCGACAAAGGUCCAGUACCAUUCUCUGACCUGUACAGCCUAUGUGUAGAUGCCAGCCAAUCAACAAAGGUCGGCCAGCCAUUGGAUUCAAAUAAAAGAACCAAUCAAGGGCAGGUACCUCAACGAACGAAGCAUAUAAGACAAGCGAAAAUCACCAAAUUUUUAACAGUUAACUAG